CGAUCAUAAGGCCGAGGUGGAGAGCAAGGUCGGGCGCCGAGACGCCGGACCAGCUCUGGCGGCCCAGUGCUGCGGAAGCUGGUCACCUGCACAGAGUCAGGGCAACUUCGGUGCUCACAUGUCCAUUGCCUCAUUUGCUUCCGUCUCCGCUCUUGGCUCGAAUUGACGCAACCUCCACCUCCACACGAGCCCACUCCGACCGCCGCUUGUCCCUGCAUCUUUGCACUCUGCGUCAUCGCCGCGCUCUCAACUUCUUUGUGUCCUCCAGCCUCCGCCUACAGCCGCGCCAACGCCGCUGCCUCGCUGAGCCACUCGCCGGAUACCUUCGACCUCUAUUCUCCCCCAUCCCCCUGCAUUGCCAUGCCACGAAACUAUCUCCUCUCACGUACACUCGACCCGCUCCUCGGCGUCUUCACCGGCUUCCUCGCCUACUACUUGCACGAGACGAAUCCGCGCACGGCCGCGCCGCCAGGGCACACGCUCAAGGAUCUCGUGAGCUGGCAGAUCGCCGAGAACAAGCGGCGAGGGGAGGCUGCGACGGCAGCAAGCGCUGCGGCGGACAGCGCCGAGCUCGAGGCGGUGCGGCGUGAGCUGGACAACGCCGACUCGGUCGACAAGGUGGUGCAGGCGGUCAAGAGCGGGCCAGAUGCCGCUGCUGCUGUCGCGCGCACAACGCUGAAAGAGGAGAGCAAGAUGGCCGACAAGGCUGUGUAAGACCGACAUUGCAUGUAUAUAAUAUUCAUAUUGGAGUCGAGGAUAUUGGCGGAUUGAUUGAUGCCGAGCCGUAUGGCGCGCGCGGGGAGGACUCGGCGUCGACAGAGCUGACUGGAUUGGACUGAUCAUGCGGAGGAGCAGGCUGGCUGUCUCUCGGCUUCAACCGAGACUGAACUCCUGACAGCAGCCAGUCGAGAAGCUUUUACGGUGGAGCAGUACAUACGAUGGCAGUAUGUACUGCGGGCGAAGGACACAGGGACUCCCAGAUACCAAUGCUCGUCAAUACCCCUCCAUGAUGUGCGCCGC